CAGUCCAGUAAAUAUGUGAUCGGCCCAACAACACAGUAACAGUAACAGUAACAUAAAUAAAAUAAAAAAAGAAAAAGAAAAGGACGCGUGGUGUUGCAUUGCAGUCUCUCUCUAGUCUCUAUGGCUAUGGGUAUUGUAAACCCUUUAUAUGUCUUCUCCACCGUUUCACCCUCCCCGUUCCGUUCUCUUCUUUCCCUUCCACUAUCUCAGAACCUUCAUUGUUUUUAUUAAAAGAAAAAUAAAAUAAAAAAGAAUCCCUCACACACACACACUCUCUCUCUAGACUCUAAUGCUCUUUCAACCUCCUUCUCUCUCUCAGGGCAGAAUCUCAAUCUACGGUUGUUGAAAUGGCAUCACCACCAUCACGCAUGCUCAUGACCAACACCAACACCAACACCAACACCAACACGGAGCGGUCACGUGACAGCAAGAGACGGAGAAAGAAGAAAGUGCAACAGCAACAUCAACAGCAACAGCAAGAGGAACAGAGCAAGUGGAAAUCGCAAGCGCAGCAACAAAUCUACUCCUCCAAGCUGCGCCAAGCCUUAGCCAGAGUUCCGCGCCGAGCCAAAGCCGUGCGCGAAGCCGCGGACAGAGUGCUAGCCGCCACGGCCAAGGGGAGGAGCCGGUGGAGCCGAGCCAUCCUCACCAACCGGCUCAAGCUCAAGCUCAAGCUCAAGCUCAAGCUGAAGCUCACCAAACAGAAGCGCCACAGAAUCAGGCCCUCCAAGAAGCCGCGCCUCACCGUUUACCGGCUGAAGGGGAAGAGCGUGCAGAGGAAAGUCAGGUUCCUCGGACGGUUAAUCCCCGGUUGCCGCAAACAGCCUUUACCGGUCAUUCUCCAAGAAACCAUUGAUUACAUACCCGCGCUUCAGAUGCAGAUUCGAGCCAUGACCAAUCUCGUUAACCUUCUCGCCGCUUCUUCUUCUUCUUCUUCUUCCUCACCACAAUAAAGGACACGCCUUUAUUUUAUGUAUCUACACAUGCCAUGCCAUGUCUCUCUCCAUUUUUUUAUUUCUAAUACUAUUUCCCUAUUUUCCUUCCCCACCCAAUACGCUUUCUAUUUCCCCCAUUAUCUCAAUCUUAGGUGCUCAUGUUUUAUAUUUAUUUAUUAUUGGGGAAGGAUAUAUAAUGAAAAAACAAGUUUGAAUU